AUGGGAGCUUCGAUCAUUAACCUGAGUUUCUAUAAUGGUAACGCAAUUUACUGCUGUGGCACCCCAAUCAUUGACGGUGAUAAGAUCGUCUGUCCCAAUAAUCCUACCUCCGGUUUCGAAGUCCCUUCAGGCUGGCCUAUUCCCGGUCGUGCAUUGCUGGCCAAUUCUACACUACUCGACGCGAUCGCAACAGCGUCUUCACCAUCAGUGACAGCUUCGGUCUCGUCCUCAGCCACAUCUUCAACCUCGUCUUCAUCGUCAUCGUCAUCGUCGUCGGGCUCAGCGAGUAUUUGCACCACAUGUCACGAAACCGCGAUUGGUGCCGGGGUAGGCGUACCACUUGGCGUGAUCGCAUUGUUCUCAAUAGUAUGGGCGCUAUUUGAGAGGCGGCGGGCAUUGAAAGGCCGAGGAAUGCCGCCAGCUGCAGGUACACCAUAUGGUGGACCGUAUACGAACCUGCGAGAGAGGGGAACUCGGCCGGUUGAGUUGGAUAAUGUGUAUCGGGUACCGGAGCUACCCAGUGCGACGGACAGUCCGUCCGAGAUCAUGUCAAAGGGCAGCUUGAAGUAA